GAAGAUUGAUAAUUUUUUUACAUGACGAAACAAGAUUCUUCUUAUACUACAGACCUGCCUCUUUUGCACUGUUAAGAUGCUGAACACUUCUUCUAGUGAAGAUGAUGAAUACCCAGGUUCGUCAGGCAAUUUCGGUGAUGAUCAGAAUAUAAACUGGUUGCAUUAUGAAGAAAAGAGCAUCCAUACCACAACACACGUGAGCAACCUCCUCAACUCAGGAUCAAUACCAUCAAACAACAAGUUCAAUGUACAAUACCGGACAACUGAUCCAAAUUUAGCAACAGAAUGGAAACCGCUACAAUAUGAUCAAGUUCCUGGUGUUUAUAGCGCAUUCCCUGAUACACAACGACCACCACGUUUAGGCGAUUGUGUUGGUAAACUGACAGAAACCUCAAAAACUAAUUGUACACCAAAUACUGAACUAAUUCAUCAAGAUACAUCUGUACCAGUAACUACAACAUCACAUUUUAGUGUAAGCUUUGAAAGUCCACUAGAAACUUGUCCAUUAGGAACACGACUUAGUCCGGUUGGUAGUAGUUGUUGGUCAUCAUCGGAACAACAUAUCUCACCAGACUUGACAUCACUUAUGAGUAGUAGUACUAAUUCUGUAUCAGCUGGUAUCUCAUUAAGUUCAGGUCGUCAACAUGCUCUAAGAUCAUUAUUACACAGGCAACCAUCAGCUGGAACGGGAUGUUCCGGUGGGACAUUAUCCACAGAGGCAGGACAAUUACAAUCAACUACACAUUCUGUACGUUCUGCUCCACUAUGUGCUGCUACUGCUACUACUAAUAGUACUACUAGUCAAUUGACUAAAUCAAAAUGGAAUAAACAGUUGGGAAUGAAUAAGAGUACAAAUUUACAGUAUUUUGUGCAACCACCAGCACCAGCACCACCACCCCCACCCGUACCUCCGUCAUUAGUAAUCAGUGAUCCAGAAGAAGAGAUGCAUGAUAAACGUUUACAAUUGUAUGUUCUAACUAUUCGAUGUAUCGCUUAUCCACUGCUGACUGCUAAUACAACCGGUCAAAAUAGACGAUAUCUACGAGUUACAAAAGAUUAUUUAAAUAUUUUGAAAGAACGCUUUCAGUUAUAUUUACGCGGUGACUUGGCAAUUAGUAGUGAUGAAGCAUUUCAUACUGCUGUCAAUGAAUUCUAUGAAUCUGUUCUUAAUAGUGAUCGUCUUUUAAAUAUGGUUAAAUCAGGUAGUUGUUCAAUGUAUGAUAUUCGUGAAAUUUUCAUUGGAAACAUUGAAAAACAAUUUCAACAUGUUCAACCAGUGGAAGGUUUAUCUAAAGAAAGUGUAUUCAGUUCAUGGAAAAUUAAAUUUGAUCAAAUAUGUCGUGGUGGUGAAGGACCAUGCCAGGAAGCAAUGAAAUUAUCUGUACCACAACCUGAACCGAUCGCAUUAUCCAAUGAACAAUUAUAUGAUUUAUUAAUGCGUAUUUUAUCGAUUGAAAAAUAUGAACAUCAAAUAUUAUAUAAUGCAUGUCAACUUGAUAAUAUUGAUGAACAAUCGUCUCAAAUUAAAAGAGAAUUAUCUGAACGUCUAGUACAAAUUGAUAAAAUGUAUAAAGAACGUUCAUUUCCUAAAAUGGUACAUAAAGAAAUGGAAAUGCAGUAUAUUGAAGAAGAAAAACUCCGUAUCAAUGGAUUAAUGCGACGUUUGGAUUCAAUACCAGCGCUUAAAAUCCAUUCGACCAACGUCUACACAGAUCAUAGACGUUUAAGAAAAUAUCCAAUGAAAACUAUCCUAUCUAGUUGGCAUACUGGUGAAACGAGUCGAACUAAACGAUCUAUUCAUGAUACUGGUUCAAUUACGGAUCUUUGGUCGAGAAAGUUAGAAUUCAACAACUCAUCUAGAUCAUCAUUAUCAUUGACGGAUGAUUUACAAUCAGUUAGUGAAUUGAUACAACCAUCUUCGAUGUUUUUAACGCAUGAAAUUUCACGAGAAGCUAUGCAAGUUUGUUCAACAAUUGAAAUACUAAUUCAUCAAGUUAGAAAUAUUCAAAGUUUACCACGUUCAAAGAAAAUUUAUUGUUCUAUUGAAUUGGAUGAUACACCAGAUCGAAAGAGAACUGAAUCAGUUGAAGUAAAUAAACCUGUAUGGAAUACAACAGCAGAAUUUCAAACAACUCAAACACUUCCAAUGAUUAAAGUGAAAUUGUUUAAAGAAUGUUCUGGACCAUUGACAUUAGAUGAUAAAGAAUUAGGAAGGGUAACAAUUCAACUGACUUGGUCAAGUCCACGAACACCACUAUGGUAUAAAUUACAAACUACUAAACAUUGUCAUGAUCCAGUUGUGGAAAUACAACUGUCCAUGACAAUGCAACGUCCAACUAAUUGUAAAUAUAGUAAUUUUUGUUGGAUUCAAGGUCGAUCAACAUUUAAAAAAUGGAAACGACGUUUCAUGUGUAUUAUACAAAUCUCCCAGUACACAUCAAUAUUAUCUUCAUUUGCUGAACAAAAAUCUCAACCAUCGGAAUUAAUCAUACUAGAUGGAUUUACUGUAGAUUAUUGUGAAUCAAGAACAGAUUUGAUAAAUAUGGCUGCAUUCAGUAGAAAUGGUAAACCAGAACAUCAUGGAUCGACUACAUCUUUGACCUCUUUAUCACGAUUAAAACUUAGUACAUUAGGUCGAAUAACAAGUCAACGACAUGUAGGUAGUUAUCCUGUCGGUGGAUUAGAAUGUGAUUAUACACCGAGAUAUUUUUUCAAACUUGUUCGUGAAGGUGAAACAAUCAUUGUUGCAUCAUCCACUGAAGUUGAUCGUCAGAAUUGGAUACAAGCAUUAUACCGAGCAACUGGUCAAACACAUAAACCUACAUUACCAGGCGCAUCAAAUGUUACGAGUAUUAUUAGUGAUCAAAAGAAAAAUCCUGUUGAUGCAGAAACUGGUCAAAAAUUGAAAACAAUUGAUCAAUUCGCAUCGAUUCCUGUACAUACACUGGAUCAUUUAGAAUAUUUCAUUAUUUUGCAAUCAUUAAGUUUGGAUUAUCGAUUAAGUGAUCAAUUUGUUUCACUUGGUUGUUUAAGUCCAAUUCAACGAUAUUUAUUAGAUGAAUAUUGUACACGUUAUGGUAUACGGGAAUGUCAACGACAUCUUGCAAUGUUAAUGAAUUUAUUAAAUAAACUUGAAAAUGGUAUUAGUAUUGAUCCGGAUUUAAUUCAUAUCAGUUAUUCACUGUGUGCUAAUCAUGUUAGUGGAAAAGCACAAUAUGAUCAGGCGGUCCAUACAGUAUUAGCAGUGGAACGUGAUCAAUUUCAAUUGAUUAAAAAUCGUUUAACAACAUUGCUGGAAAAACAAAUUACUGAAUUUCGUUAUUGUUUUCCAUUUGGUCGACCAGAAGGUGCAUUAGAGAAAACAAUCAGUCUAUUGGAAAGGGUUCUGACUAAAGAAACCGGUGAACCUGCAUCGAGUGAAUUGAUUCGUCAUGUGAUACGUAAUUGUUUAAGAAAUGCCGCUGUAUUAAACUAUGAACGUAUUUCUGAAUAUGUAAUGAUUGAAGCUGUUUCUGGACCACGUGUUAAAAAUACUAAAAAAGAAACUAGAAAAAUUCAUGAAAUGUUUCAUUUAGCUGAACUUUGUAUUGAAGUUUUGAAACAAAAUGAACAACAUCAUGCUGAAUCAUUCACAUGGUUUAAAGAUUUAUUCAUUGAACAUAUCGAGAAUUUUUGGUAUUUAUUUCAAAUGGAUUUAUUCGAUUUAUUGGAUAGAUUACCAGAAGAUUGUUGGGAAGUAUUUGAUUUAUUUGAAUUAUUAAAUAAUUAUCUAUUGAAUGAUUCCAACUUAUCGAAUGGUCGAUUUCAUGAAGAAUUAGCUAAUCGUUUCACACCACUAGUGGAUCGAUAUAUCGGUUUAAUGGCUGAUUCCAUUGAACAGGCAUUAAUUGAAGGUUGUAAAAAUGAACGAUGGAUACCAGCUGGGAAAUUAGACAGAAAUGAAGGAACAAAUGAAUUUCCUACUAAAAAUACUACUAAUAAUACUCAUAAUAACAUUUCACAACUUAAAAUUGAAUCGAAACUAAGUGUUGGUCGAUCAUUGACAUCAUUUACAAAAAUACAAGAUAUGAUUGGUAAACCUAGUGAGACAUCAUCAAUGAAUCUGUCGAUUGGUCAUACAAAUCAUCUUGAUUGGAGUCCAUCGAUUAGUUCAACAAAACUGACCUUGGAUGCACCAAUCAAAACUACCGAAACAAAUGUGCAUCAUUUAUCAUCAUUGGCUAAUAAUGUUAAUAUGAUCGGUAAUCAAACAUGUCAAACAGUAAUUGAAUUAUUAUGGAGAUUAUAUAAGCUGAAACGAUUUAUACAUGAAUUAAAUUGGCCACAAACUAUUUUAGCUGAAACAUUUGAUGAUCGAGUGUGUAUAUUAUGUGCACAAAUGCUUAGGGAAGCUGUGAAACGUACUCUCAUUGAAUUAGAAGCAUUAAUUAGAAAAUGCGCUAAAACUGUGGAUUUAAUACUUCCAUUAGAAUGUUACACAAUGUUAAAUACAAUCAGUGAAUUAAGAGCACAUUUAUUUUCAUUAUGUCAACCAAUGAAUCAAGUCAAUGUGAUUAACAGUAAUACAAGUAAUAAUAAUAAUAACAGUAAUAAUAAUAAUAUGUCACGAUUACAUCGUCAACCAACAAGGAAUGCUACUCAAUUACACAUGGAAACUCAAGAGUUCUUUGAAAGUAUACAAAAAAAUAUGAUGAUUAUCAUUGUUGAUCAUUGUAUGAUUAUUUUAAAUGGUGUCUUAAAGAAAUUGACAAGAUUUGAUGAAAAUAAACUAUUCUCAUCGAUUCUUGUAUUGACUAAACCAAACGAUGAAGAAGGUCAAGCUUAUGGAGCAUUUUUACAUAUAAAUUUACAAAAUUUUAGUGAAAAUCUAGUUGAUGAAGUUUCCAUGCUUUCUAUGUUAGAAAUAUGGUAUACACGUCAAAUGAAAGCAAUCUAUGAUUGGUUAAUUCAACGUAAAAGUAUCCUACUUCAUCCACAUCAAAUUCGUUGUCUUUCAAUGAUUGUUAAAAAAAUUUUCACUGCUUUUGAAUUACAAGGUUUACCUAAAAAUGUAUUAAACACUAUUGUCUAUCAAACUAUUACUCAACGACUACAAGUUGAAGAAACAACUCAAUCUGUUAAGAAAGAAUCACGAGCCAGUGGAAGUUCAUCAUCAUCAUCAUCAUCUACAAAUCGUAAUAAAUUAUUCAGUAAUCUUGGUGAAGGUUUAACAUCAUUCACUGGAAGUCCCCUGUUUCAUCGAUCCUAG